GCAUUAUUGCUCCUUUUUUGCACCAUUGUUUGCCUUUAAGUUUAUAGCCAAUUCAUUCUCAAAAUAAAAAGAAAAAAAAGAAGAAGUUGAUUUAUACUUCAUAGCCAAUUCUCCUUUUGAGCCUCAGUUCAUUUGUUCUAGAGAUUGAAUAUGGCUCUUGUAAGAUCAGCUCAUCCAGAAGCCUCCUCUUCCUCAGAUGCUUCUCCUUCAAUAUCUAGUCAUGAUGUGUUCUUGAGUUUCCGAGGUGAAGACACUCGGAAGACUUUCACUGACCACCUCUGUACAGCCUUAAUGAAUGCAGGCUUUCGUACGUUUCGAGAUGACAAUGAUCUUCAAAGAGGAGAAUAUAUUAAGCCGGAACUGGAGAAAGCCAUCGAGCAGUCCCGAAGUUCUGUGAUUGUGUUCUCCAAAGACUAUGCAUCUUCUGGUUGGUGCCUUGACGAGCUUUUGAUGAUCAUGGAACGAAGGAGGACAGCUGAUCACAUAGUUUUACCCGUCUUCUAUGAUGUCGAUCCAUCCCAUGUGAGGAAGCAAACAGGAAGUCUUGCGAAAGCAUUUGCUGGACACGAAAGAAAUCAAUUCUUGAAGUACAAGGUGAAGCGAUGGAGGGAAGCACUUACAGAAGCUGCAGAUCUAUCAGGAAUGGUCUUGCAAAAUGAAGCUGACGGGCAUGAGUCAAAGUUCAUAAAGAAAGUUGUCAAAGUAAUUGAAGAUAGACUGAGGCGCACGCCCUUAAGUGUUGACAGACACUUGGUUGGAAUCGAUUCUCAAGUUGAAGGGAUCAACUUGUGGUUAGAAGAUGAAUCAACUGAUAUUUUCGUACUUCUAGUCUACGGAAUGCGAGGAAUUGGAAAGUCGACCAUAGCAAAAUAUGUUUAUAAUCUGAACUGUCACAGAUUUGAGAGAUGCAGUUUCCUUGAAAAUAUCAGAGAAGUUUCAGAACGAUCUAAUGGCUUGGUUGAUUUGCAGAAGCGACUUCUUUAUGAUAUUCUGAGUGGAAAGAAAGUCACAAUACAGGGUAUUAGCGAGGGGAUAGCUAAGAUUGAAGAUGCUGUCAGCUCUAGAAGAGUUUUUCUUGUUCUCGAUGAUGUGGAUCGUGUGGACCACUUAGAUGCAUUACUUGGAAUGCAAAACCGGUUCUAUCCGGGAAAUAAAAUUAUCAUAACAACUAGCUGUGCAGGACUGGUAGAAGCUCAUCGACAAUUUGUUAAGGUGCAUGAAGUUAAAACUUUGGGGGACAAUGAUUCUUUGGAACUCUUUAGUCGGCAUGCUUUUGGACGGACCCAUCCCAUUGAAAGUUACGUGGAUCUUUCCGUAAGGGUAGUUGAUCGCUGUGGGGGACUUCCACUGGCUCUGAAAGUUUUAGGUUCUUCUUUAUCAGGGAAGAAUUUAGCUUUUUGGGGAAGUUAUUUAAAUAAAUUGGAAGUAAUUCCAAAUGAUGAUAUCUUGAAGAAACUCAAAAUUAGCUACGAAUCCUUACAAGAUGAUCAUGACAGAAACUUAUUCCUUGAUAUUGCAUGUUUUUUCAUCGGAAUGGAGAAAGAUUUCAUUGUUACAAUUUUAGAUGACUAUGAUAUCUUCCCGGAAGUUGGCAUUCAAAAUCUCAUCGAUAGAUGUUUGGUAACUAUUGAAUACAACAACAAGGUGCAAAUGCAUAACUUGAUUCGUGACAUGGGAAGAGGAAUUGUUCGUCGAGAAUCAAAGGAGCCAAGAAACCGCAGUAGAUUAUGGCAUCAUAAGGAUUCUAUCGAAGUUCUGACAGAAAAUAAUGGUACCGAAGCAAUUGAAGGUAUUGUUGUCAAUAUGCAACUGCACCCUACAUAUACUUCCCCUUCAAGAAAUGCAAGUAGGGUCGUCUUGGAAACCAAUGCAUUUACAAGGAUGCACAAUCUAAGAUUCCUCCAGCUUAGUCAUGUACAACUCAAUGGAUGCUAUGAAGAAUUUCCUGCAGGAUUAAGAUGGCUGUGCUGGACUAAAUAUCCUUUAGCUUCUUUACCCAAUGAAUUCCCAUUAGAGAGAGUUGUUGCUCUUGAAAUGUGUUACAGUAAUUUGACAAAAGUUUGGAGCGGAACAAAGGAUAUCCGUUCGCUAAAGAUCCUAAAUCUCAGCCACUCUCAUGACUUAACUCAAACCCCUGACUUUUCGUAUAUUCCUAAUCUUGAGAGACUGGAUCUCAGAGACUGUGUAAGCUUGAUUGAUGUCCAUGAGUCUAUUGGAAGCCUAAAGAGACUUGUUUAUUUGAAUGUAGAAGAUUGCACAAGUAUUAGGAGGCUUCCCGAGAAAAUUUCUUUUCUAGUUUCACUGGAAGUACUUAUCAUUUCUGGUUGUUCAAGUCUUGGUGAGUUUCCAGUGGACAUGAGGAAGAUGGAAUCUCUCAAAGUAUUUCAGGCAGAUGGAGUUCCAAUACAAUGGUUUCGAGUCACUACAACCAGGGAGAUCGAACUGUGCCCACAUCCGAUUCAAGAAAUUUCUCGGGCUUUUCCAAGGAAUCUAGUAAUGUUGAGUCUAAUAAACUGCAAUCUUUCGGAUGAUGACUUUCCUAGAGAUGUUGCUAAUCUAUUGUCAUUGCGAAAAUUGGAUCUCAGCGGGAACCCAAUUUCUAGGCUACCGGAUUGCAUAAGAGGUGUUACUGGCCUCCGAGACCUGUCCUUGAGCUAUUGUACAAAGCUCAAAUCACUGAUAAGGCUACCAGAAUCACUUCAUUUCAUUGUAAGCGGGUGCACAUCAUUGGAAAAAGUAACAUUUCAAACUUUUUUUCGAUCUGGUUCUGGUUGGGGGUCCAACCAUAACCUUGUUGAGUUACAGGGUGAGUUCAAGAUGGAACCCAUUGAAAGAGUUGAUAAAGAAAUGCUAAAACUUUUGAGUCUAGGCAACCUGGAAACCUUGGAAAACAUUUCGAUGGUCAAUAGUGGAUUUUAUUCUCAAUGCAUAUGGAAGGGAACAGAUCCCGUCCAGGGACUGUACGAAGAUGGUAUAUUCAGCACAUUCCUUCCUGGAGACGAAGUUCCAGGCCAGUUCAGCCGUAGAAGCAGAGGGUCCUCUGUAUCCUUUACUGUGCCUUUACUUCCCAAUCUCAAUAUACGAGGGCUGAAUGUCUUCUCGAUCAUAGCACAAUCCAACAACCAUGAUUCUGAUCCUAUGACCAAUAGUGUCUAUAUUGACGGUUUAGGUUUUCCGAUAAUUACCGUUGUGAUUAAUAAGAGCAAGGGGCUGAAGUGGUUCCAUGGUCCAAACUUCUCUGGCGUUCCGGGUGAAGGAAAAGAUGUGAUAUGGUUAAGUCACUGGAAGUUUGGGAAUCUACUUACAUGUGGUGAUGAGGUGACUAUUUUAAUAUAUACGAAAUCUGAAUUCAAGGUAAAGGAGUGUGGCAUCCAGCUUGUUUACUACGAUGAGAAAGAUCAUGUGGCUUCGACCACGGACGAUCUUUGUUUUCUCCGAGCUGGAGUUCGGUCAACAAUACCCUCUGGGCCGACGGACCGAGGAAUAACCUUCCUAUGGUCUUACGGAAUAGGACUUGGUCCAACUGAUGAAAAUAUUGUCCUCAUUAGGGAUAUCAAUGAAAAAUCAGAGAAAGAAGAAGGGCAAGAGGGUGACCUCGUCCUCACUCUUGCAGCACAAAGUAGCAGCAAUAGCAAUAAACGAGGUUUGAUCAGAAGAGGUUGGAAGGGGAUCAUGAUGGCCACCAUCCUCAUUCUUUCUCUUCCUCUGGUUACUCGCUCUCCUCUCUUCCACCAGCGAAAGAAACAAUAGUCCACAAGCCCUCCAUGAAUUUGUUGUAUUAAUUGGGCACAAGUCAUAUCGUAACUUCCUUCUCUUAUUAUUUCAAAAAGUUGCUGGGGUGGGAAAGAGAAGAGAAGGGAUUCAAGAAUCAAGAUUGUGGUGGGCUUCGGGGAAGGGUUUGGGUUUGUUUUCGGAGUGGUGGAUUCGAAAAUUUUGAUCGAGUUUGGGGGAUAAUUUUCAGCAGGAAAAAGGUUCUGUUGUGUCUUGGACUAUUUGGUUUUGGUUAAAGGAGUUUUGUGAUAAGCAAAUUAUAAUUUGAAAACAGGUGAAAUUUUUCAGAAGUUCAUUUUUCUACUUAUGGGGCUGUGAUGGUUGAUGGUUGCUACAUAUUCCUUUACUUCUCGAUCUUUUGACUUUGGACUUGGUUUGAUUUAUGUUUCUCUUCAAAUCAGUACCAUAGUCUUAAGCUUUUAAUUGGUAUACCGUACUCUCUAUUUGUUCCACCCAUUGUAUAUGUAGCUAUUAGCCUCUCGCAUAAGCCAAUUACAUACAAUCUGUAACCUUGCUUUUAAGUGAUAAUUUGUGAUUCAUUGGCUUAUAUGCUGGACCUUUAUUUUAAUUUUUAAAAAUUAAAGGCAGUAACAUCUCCUUUUAGUUAUCUC